AUGCGUUUCGUGAUCCAGUUCCUCGCCAUCUUCGUGGCUCUCAUCGCCAUGGUCCACGGCCACACCAUCAACUGCGCCGGUAGAGCCAUCGCCGCCGACGCCCUCGAGUACCGCGCCGCAAUCAUGCACCUCCGCUUCAUCGAGGAGCACGGCGGCCUCAGCGGUCCGGGCGGCCAUCUCCCCCCCUCCGAGGGCCUCGAGCCAAACACCUGCGAGAACCUCUACUGCAGCCGUGAUACCAAUGUGCGCUGGUGCAAUGAUGACCCCAAGUACCACAAGAUCAUGGAGUACCAGCAUUUCCGUGAGGGUGCCAUUGCGAUCUAUGAUGCUUGCAUGACUAGCUAUAAGGGUCGGGAUGUCUCUGGCGGUGUUAUUUCUCACCCGGAUAAUUGGUCGAUGAUUGUGCAGAAGGAUACGGGGUGCUAG